AUGUCUACUCGAAAUUCCUAUCUAUCAGGCUCCACUUCUAAAGUGGGGAAAAAAAGAAGUACCAGUCAAUACGGGCAGGCGUGUUUACCCUGCUUCAAGAACAAGUCCAAGUGUGUUAGGCAAAACAACGCUGAUGGCUGCGAAAGAUGUAUUCGACUCAACAAGGAAUGCUCCUCGGCGGAAUCUCUUCGCAAGCGAUCUACUCAGAAGCCUUCUGAUGCGGCUGCAACAAUCGCAAACCUCAAGGCCAAGGUUGACGAUCUCAAUACGCUCUUACAUGAAGUCGUUGAGAAUUCUGCUUCGCCCUCUGCCUUGCGCGAAUUUCUUGAAGAGAGACAGAAGGGCGAAGAUCUGCUGUAUGAAACGAGGGAACUGCCGAUAUCUAACCGGACGACAACCACUUCAAGUGAUUGGAAGUUAUCUCCCGAUCAAGAGCAAACACGCCUUUCUAUCUUCCGAGAACGGAUGCUGCCGUUUCUUGCGUUCGUGGAUCUGCCUCCAGAUUUGAGUGCACAGAAACUCUGUGAGGAGAAACCGCUAUUAUUCCAAGCCAUUAUGGCUGUCACCUCACUAUCGGCCCAGGAGAAGCGGGUACGUGGAAACGAGCUGAAAUAUAUUGUUACCCAAAAAACAUGGGGAGGCAUUGACACAAACUUGGAUUUGCUACUUUGCGUAUUGACAUAUCUCUGUUGGGGUUAUGAUACCUUUAUCAAUAAAGUCACCAUCUCGAGUCCUUCUCGUCUCACGCAGAUAGCAAUGGCGGUAGCGUACGACCUUCGUGUGAAUACAUCGGGACCCAUUGGGUCAUAUCUUUUCCCCAGCGAAGUAAUGAGCGCAGGCCUAGGCCCGGGCCGUUCGAAAAGUCCUGAGGAGACAGCUCAAGAAAAACUAAAGAACAAGAGAGCUAUCUUGGGAUGUUUCUUUUUGAGUUCUUUGACGGCGUCUCAUUAUCGUCGAAUGGAACCUAUGCGCUGGACACCUCAGAUGGAAGAGUAUCUCGACACUUUAGGCAAAGCCAAGGAGUGCGUGACCGACGAACUGUUUUGCUUGCAGGUACGCCUCCAGGCUCUUGCUCAACAGGUCAACGAGGAAAAGGACCAGCGGCAAUUGGAACGCUAUCAGACGAUUGCGAACUUGGCGCCCAGCAACUCAACUGAGCCUCUGCUGAAUAGGUGGUAUCUUGAGGCCCUGCAAAGGAAGAUACAUGAAAUCACGGCUUUGAUACCAUCGCAUCUCAAGUCUAAUGGCAACAUAUACGAAACCAUCCACCCAGUCAGUGCGGAUGCCGAAUACACCCCUUCAUUCAACAUAUCAUCUACCCUCGAUGAACGGGAUUGCCACUAUCACACCCUACAGGCUACGCGAUCCUUUUUUGAUAACUUUUCCAGGUUUACUUCCUUGCAUUGGGCCGGGUUUCCUUUCCAUUUCUGGGCACAGUCGGUGCGGUGUACCGCCGUUUUAAUAAGACUUUCACUCCCCGCAGAUCACCGUGACGAAGUUAGUAAUACAGUUGACGUGCUCACUGUAGUUGAUUCAAUUUCGGAAAGAAUAAGAGGAGCUGCGGUUGAGAUAGGGGAGACCUCCCCAGAAGACUUGUUUGGGAAACUCUAUCGUGCCACAAGGGCAUUGUACGCUUAUAUAUCCGCCAAGUUGCAACCACCCCCAGAGCAGCAACAGACUUUGCCACCCUAUACGGAAGCACCCUAUACGGAAGCACCCGUCUGGAACGAUGGAUUUAAUCCGGGUUCCAUUGAUGCGACGCAGAUGUUGAUGAUGCAGUGGUUUGGCUUUAACGAUCCCACUACUAGUGCGGCCAUGUCGUUCAGUAGUCCGGCUUUAUACUAUACCUACAUGCCCGACAUGUAA